GUGUGGAGGACAGCAGGAAUUCAGUUGUUGUACAAUGCUCUGAUGUUCAGAAGAUUUCUGCUUUAAUUCUCGCUUUUAACCGGCACGAUGAGCACCGGAGUGUGCCUCAGACUCCUCCAGUCAGCUGGCUCUCCUUCCACUGCCUCCUGCCGCAGAUGGAGCCUGAUCUCCGGCUGCAGAGGGAUGUCUUCUGUGGGCAGAGGCUCCAUGAAUGUGUUCAACAGGGAGAUGAAGAGGAGGCAGAAGAACUGGGCAGCUUCUCUGCAGGAAGGAAACCAGUACGACUACCUGAGGGAUGAGGUUGGCGGUCGAGUGGCUGAUCGAGUGUACGACAUUGCGAGGACGUUUCCUCUGGCUCUGGACAUCGGCGGUGGAAAAAGUCACAUUGCAGAACAUCUAAACAAGGAGUUUGUGGAGCGUUUGUUCCUGACGGACAUCUCAGAGAAAGCUCUGAAACAGAGACGACAGACUGAGAUCCCGACUCAUCACGUUCUCGCUGACGAGGAGUUUCUGCCCUUUAAAGAAAACACCUUCGACCUGGUGGUGAGCAGCCUGAG